AUGAAAAGAGCGCAAGCUUUGAUCACGUUUUACUUGUCGUCUUCAAGAAACUGUUGUUGUCUGUUCGCCAUUGGCCCCGCGUCCAAAAUUGAGAACACGUCCGCGGUGUUGAAGGUUGAGGAAAGUGAGGAUCCAGCGGGGAGCCGUGACGAGGGGAGCAGCGUUCUACUCGCUUUUUUCUUCCGCAGCAUUUCCCGAAAUGCCGAGAUGAGCAGUGGGCAAGAAGUUUCUCGAGCAGGGGGACCAGCAACCUACAAGACGUGCCAACGUCAUAUGUCCGGCGGCCAGCUGAUGUCUUCUCUCGCCGCCUGCAAUGGAAUACCACUCGUCGCCGGCUUGCUUUUUUUCCCUUGUUUUGUCGUACGCGGUCACCUUGCCUCACCGCCUCCGCUGCGUCAGGGGGCUUCGCGGCGCCGUUCCGCAUCAUCGUCGUCUUCGUCUGUGGCGCCCCAGCCGCAGCGCGCGUUGUUUCAAUUUGCCGCAACUUCCCUUCUUUCCACUGGGGGUGCGUCUUGGUUUCCUUCUUCUUCUUGUUUGACGGCGUCCCGUUUACCAUCGGCGUAUCCGUCGGUGGCUUCUUGCUCCGAUCCGCCUCCGGCCGCCCUGCCGCCUCUCGAGACGUUCCCUCUAUUCCCUCCGCCUCACGAAGCGCGUUCGAAGGGACGUCUGCCAAAUGACGGGGAAGGUCAAAGAUAUGUUGAUCGCGGACGUACAGGGCGCGGACGUACAGGGCACGAACGCCCAGAGACACGCUGGAGCACGGAAGGGCACCCCAGCGCGCGACAGAACGCCGACGCCACCGCCGAAUUCAGGGCGGGAGAGGCAGUGUGGCAGUCCCCCGCGUUUCAGCUAGAAGGAUUCAAGGGGAUAUUUCCUGUGGUCUCGCCCGCGCACCAGAAACUGCUAGGCUUGGCAGACCAGAAAGACCGCAGUGGGUCUUUCUUUGUCGCUCAUAUAGGAGGCACACAAAUGAUCAUGGAAAGGGGGAGAUUCUACGACGUGAACCGCAUCCACCAGAAAGUCGGCGGACGUAUUCAUCUGCACAGAAUUAUUUGCUAUCAAGCUCCGGAUGGAGAAUUCUGGCUUGGACGGCCAUACCUCGAAAACGUUCGGGCUACUGCGACAAUCGAGAAGCACUUUCGAGGGCCAAAGAUGCAUAUGGCAAAGGCCCGGCCGAAAAAGUGGCGGAAGUAUUUCUCACAUCGACAAGAUUUAACACGGAUUCGAGUUACGGAAGUGGACUUGCUACGAAAUCCUGAAGAAUACGAAUCAGCCACCUUGCCUCCCAACUUCACUACAGAUGACCCUAUCUAUGCAGCCCUUACGGCCAGCAAAUUGUUCCGGAAGCCCAGCACCGUCCUGCCUCGUAUGAAACGAACGUUUAUGCGGUUGGCAUCGCGUGAAGAGUUCCCACUCGUGGGAGAUGACCCGUUGAUGAACUUCGACCCACUCGUGAACCGUCUUCUCAUGGAUCGCCUUCUCGCUGGCCACUCCGACCUGUUUCCCCUCUUACGCCCAGAGACAGACAUGAAGCGUGACUGGCAUUGA